UUGGCUAAAGUAAAUUUUGUAAUUGAAUUUAUAACAACAAAGCAGAAUUUCUUUAUUUACUCCGCCGCUUUUUACAAUUUAACUUCAUGAGACUCAUGACAUCAAAAGAAUCGAUUUCACAAAACGAUCAUUAAUACUCGCUACUCCGAUAUGUCAAAUUUGCGUAUGUUGUGUCUUGUCAUUUCUUUCACAAGAAAGUGGGUGUUUUAACAACAUUUUGUUAAGCAACUACGCUGUUUAAUUAUUCGUUAAAUAGUAAUGUCUGCAUCUACGUGAAAUACAGCUAUGGAGGGGUUACCUACGGGUGACAUCCAGGCUAAAUACCAAAAGUUGGCAUCGGAAUAUUCGAAGUUGCGAGUUCACGUUAAAGUGUUAAAGAAGGGUGUGCUAGAUGAGCAAGCGAAGUCUAACGAGUUGAGAGAGAGUUUGAAGGAGAAGGAGAAAGUGCUGAGGAAAGGGGAGUUGGAGAUAGAUUCGCUCACGUUUAGGAAUCAGCAGCUAACGCGGCGCGUGUCUGUGUUGCAAGAUGAACUCGAGCUGUUACAGACAAAGUCUACAAAGAAGGCAAAAAGUAAAGAUGACAAGCCUGCUGCUACGGGCAGUGCCCCAGCGCUGGACACCGGUCUACUCCAGGAAGAGCUCCAAAAGAAGAUCAUGGAGAAUGCGCAGUAUGCUUCACAGCUCUCAGACAAAGUAUUCGAGCUGUCCCAGCUCAAAGCGGCUCUGGAUGACUACCAGCGGCACCUGAGCGAGAGUGACAGCCGGUACAAGUGUGAAGUAGCCAAGCUGCGGCACAAGAAUCAGGAGCUCCAGUUUGCUUUGGAAGAGGCGCAGAGAACGAGCGGCACGCCCAACAGACAGCCCAGCCAGCCAAGCUGUAAUGGAGACUUUCUGUCGGAGGGUGGCAGCUUGAUCGGUAGCGAAGACGCGCUAAGCUCCGUAGACGAGCUCAACGCCGUGGAGCAGAUCAGCGCGAAGGCGCAUGCUACCGAACAGGAAAACCAAAAACUCCGCAUGGAAUACGAGCUCCUCCAAAUGGAGAAUGAAAGCCUAAAACUAGAAAUUAGCAAACACGUAUCAGCGUCCCAAAGACGGAGAGGGGACGGUCAUGACUCCGGAGACUUCAACUUUUACUCGGAGACCUCAGUGGACGGAGAAGGCAGGGUGACCGGGCUACUUGGCAGUAUGGAAGUGCCCUUCUUACUUGGACACGAGAUACUGACAAGGGAGGAUAGGAUGACGACAUACUUUAGGAAUAAGAUUAGCGAACUGAAAGUUGAAAAUGAGCAGUUGAAGAGUAAGACUGAACAUUAUGUGAAAGAGUGUGAGAUGCUGAGAACUAGGUUCGAGGAGAUGGAACGUGACAGAGAGACGGAUGCGCGAACCAUAGAGGACAAACAUAAAACUAUCAGUAGAUUGGAGGAAGAACUACAUUCUACGUCCCACAACUACGAGGAGCAGAUGUCGGUGCUGACGGAGCACGUGGCCGGCCUCAACGAGCAGCUGGCGCGCCAGCACGACCAGCUCGACCAGCUCAAACACCAGAUGAGUAGAAGGAAAUAGAACCUUCCCUAGCCCGUCCUGUACGCCUAGCGGGGUGGCGCGACAGCAUCUCGCCCGCGAGAACUACCCGUCCCGUUCUAAUUAAUACAGUGAGAAAAAAACGGGUAGUCUAUCUCGCGGGCGAGAUACUGUGACCCUGCUGGGACCAUUUCGGAACAGUCCUGAGACCUUCCUAGGAUUAUAUUAGGACACUUUUCCGGAAUCAUUUGUGAACCAUCCCUAGAAAGUUUUGUAAUUUUCCCGGUUUGGAACCUUGCCAGGAUAUUGGGGCCUCUCUGGGAACUUCCCGGGACCAUACUGAAACUUGCACGGGACCGUUGUUUGGAAGAUUUUGGACCGAUAGCGGCAAUAUCGGCCCAAUACCUUCCGACGUAGGACCUUCCUGGGACAAUUUGCGGGCAGUCCUAAGGCCUUCCUGGGACCUUUAUAGAAUACUCCCUGGAUUAUCGUGGGAUCAGACUUUCUCGGAUCCAUCCGAGAAACGUGACACAUUUGUUAGCAGUUACCUUCAUGUUAAUAAGAAAUUUGAGGCAGAAUAAGCAGCUGUGAUGUCAGCUGACUAGAAAAAAAAAGAGUGACUCGGGCAAGGUAAGCUGUUCAAUGAUGAUAGAAAUAGGAAAGACUGGUUAGUUAUGUCGAACCAUAGGCAAUGGAUACUUAUGGUUGUAAGGUAAAGUCGUCUGCAGUUAUAUAACAGCAGCCAAGGUUCUCACAAAUAUUUGGACACCCCUCUAUAGUCAAGAUGUUAGACCGUUUGUACAGAUAUUUUUGAGAAAUUUGGCCGAAGUGAUAUAUCUAAGGACGUCCGCUAGCUGGCGCGGUUGCACGGAGCGGGUGCUCACCCGGGUUAAUGAAAAAUAGUAUGCGCAACCGCUCACUGGCGCAGACGCGCGCGUGUUCCCGCUCCGGGCACCCGCGGACGCCCUAAUAGCGACUACGUGGGUAAAAAUAGCUUGAAGUUGCUGGUCAACAUUGGAUAGAAAUGUCAAUAAACAGGGGUCCCUUGUUAAUUCCUGUUCAGAAAAAUCUAGGCUUGAAGGGCAGGGAAAAUAGGUUUUUUAUGAUAAACACGCGGUAAAUUUCAUUUGAAUGUUUUCAAAGCUUACGCUUAUUUUAUACUGUUCUAUGUCAAGUAAAAUGAAAAAUUAAAACAAUGAAAUGCAAUAUGGUGUGUUCAAUAUGUAUUUAUACGCCGUGGGCUGGUAAAACCCGACAGAUUUCAACCCCGCAUUACUGAGGUCAUAAAGAGCAAAAAAUGUGAGUUUUGGUCAAACCCAGAAAAACAUUUUUUUACAUUUCUGCACUCGGCACGUUACAUCUUGGCGAAAAAAAAAUUACAACGAAUAAGUAAAGUAAGUAUUUUUUGUUUACAGAUACAAAUUAUUGCGAGUUUCCCAAAAACUGAAAUGUCUAAACCAUGUCACAUACCGGCAGCGAUGCAACCAAAAAGGCGUUUUACACUAAGUUAUUAAAGAAACAAUUUUUCACAAGAAUUGUCAUUGCCUCUGAAACAAGACCGAUAUCAGAAAACUGUUCAACGACAUUUUAGUCUCUAAAUGCGGUCAAGAAUACACCUUUGAAAUCUGUCGGGUUUUACCAGCCCACGGUGUAUAAGUGGGAUGGUUUCAAUUUGUAACGUCCCUAACAUACCACGCUUCAGUUAUAAUGACAAUAUAUUUAAGUUUUCUUUCUCUAACUCAAUAGUGUUAGAAAAAGAUAUAUUGUCAUCUUUACAAAUAUUGUUUUAGUAAAAUGUCCAAAACUUUGUUAUAAUCAAGUAUACUUUAUAAAAGUGUAACGUAAUUUAUAUAAGAGCUGUAUAAAUGUAAAAAAAUGUUAUAAAAUUGAAUUUUAUUUUAAAAUUAUGAGAUUGUCUUAAAUAAUUCGUGGCCCAAAGAUGUACGAAAUUGGACUUUAUUUUCGACUGCAUAUGAUCUAUUAUAGCUUGUUAAAUACUUGUUCUCAAUUAUGUAAAUGCUUGUAUCUAAAUAAAGUGAUAUCAAAUGCAAUCGAUUAUCGACUUUCUCCAGAUAAAUUAUAGUGUAAGUACAUACUUAAAACUUACCGCAUUUCGUUAUUAUAACUCAAUUGCUAUCAUGUUUCUAUCGAGAGUUCAUGAAAAUAAAAGAUAUGGAUCCCAUUAAAGAUAUGGAUCGUGUCAUUCACGAUGACGCCUUGACUCCUAUUGUCACGUUAUUACAGGUUAGAUUGGACAACUCUCGAUGACAUCGUGGAUGACAUCGUGGGUGGGGGUGGGACGCUGAAGGUUGUAUACCUACUGCUUCACUACCGAUAUCAAAGAGAAAUUGAAAUAGAGGUGUAUUGUCAAAGAUUUUCAAGCGACGUAAAUUUACUGCCAUCUUUCGACACAUAAUUAAAACUUUUAGAACGCCAUUUGACUUUGAUCCUUAUUCUUUCACUGAUAUGUGUUCAAUUUGUUAAAUUUCAAAAAGUGCCGCCAUCUAAUGGAAUAGAUCAAAGCCCAAAUGUAUAGCAGCAUCGUUUCGAGCGAUGGCGCCAUAACCUUUAGGUAGUGCCCGGUAAGAUGGCGCCAGUUUUCUUUGACAAUACACCUCUAUUUCAAAUUCUCUUUGCCGAUAUACAACCUUUUGUCUGCAGGCGAUGUGGAUAUAUUUAAUUACCACUAUAGGUGACAAUGGCGUUCAAAAGAUAGACAACAAAUCGUCUGCUCGGUGAGGCCUUACUCUGGGCCUAAUACGGGUCAGUCGGCUAGUUAUUCGUUAAAUAGAAAUAAGAAUAUGAAAUCUUUUCAUUUACAGAUUUGAUACAGAAUUAUGGACGUACUUUUUUAUUUCUCCCUAAUUUUCGAUAUUCAGAAGAAAAAAAUCCUUUAAAAGUCCGCAGCAAGCUCGGGUUCUCCAUACAAACGUAGUUACGCUCUCAUUUAUAAAAAACCGGCCAAGUGCGAGUCGGACUCGCACAGGAAGGGUUCCGUUCCAUUAUCUAUAAAAACGGUCACCCAUCCAAGUACUAACCCCGCCCGACGUUGCUUAACUUCGGUGAUUGGAUGAGAACUUCGAGAUUGGAAAUUAAUAUUUAUUUUAUUCUGUUUUUAGUAUUUGUUGUUAUAGCGGCAACAGAAAUACAUAAUCUGUAGAAAUUUCAACUGGCUAUCACAGUUCAUGAGAUACAGCCUGGUGACAGACGGACGGACGGACAGCGGAGUCUCAGUAAUAGGGUCCCGUUUGACCCUUUGGGUACGGAACCCUAAAAAACGACUAGAUUGCUCUGAAACUUUGUACUUACAAUAGGAUAUAUCUAUCCCUUUUUAUACAGCUUCAAAUACAUAAUUUUUUUUUUUAUAUAAAACUUGGUUAUGCCCUAGUUCGUUUGUUUUAUAAGCUAGCGCUAUAUGAAUUUCAGCCCUAUGUCGUGUCAUUGUAUGUGCAAAGUUUCAUUACAAUCCUACACGUCGUUUUAAAAUAAGAACGAAGCUCUGUUUGGGAAGGUGUAAUUCGGCCGAGCUUGCUGCGGACUCUGGUAGGUGAGUUGCAAUAUAAAAGUUUUUUUUAGAAUUAUAUCAACGAUCUAAUUUAUUGGGCAAAUUUGUUAUUCAGCUCUUUCAGUUCAAAGUGUUGAACAGAGAUAGAUAAAUGAUAAUGCCUAAUAAUAGCAGUCAUUUUAAUUAAAAGAAUUGUAUUUCCUUUAUCCUAUUUAUUUAUAUAGCUUAACAUCAAUAGUUUUGAUGGAAGUCAUUUGUAAACUUAUUGUAUUUAUAGAUCGUGUCAUUCACGAAGACGCGCGUCUUCACUCGUAUUGUCAUAUUAUUAAAGGUUAGAUUUGACAAAUCAUGAACGUCAUCAUGAACGAAACGAACUAUAUUUAAGACUUGUGACUUUUAUGUAAUAAAGACUGCUAGUCUCCAUAAAAAGUCGUCUUCCUAAAAUAGAGUAUCUCGACUAGAAUAAAUAUGACGACCUUCUAAGUAAGGACGCUAAGCGCGAAUAAUUUCGUACAUUUACCCGCAAUUCCCUAUCUCUGUCGCACACGCAUAUGGCGGGCAACGUACGAAAUUCUUCGUGCUAUUACUUUAACGAGGUCUAAUGAUCCUUAUGAUGGCGUAAUGUAUGCGAGGUCCUACCGUUGAACAAAAUAUAUGGAACUUUGAAAACUCCAUAAAGUCAUUUAGAUAAUAUUAUAGGAACGCAAAUUGUCUAUGGAGACUAUAAGUCAUUAUUAUCAUCGCCUCUAAGAGAUUAUUCAACAAAUACAGUAUAUGUAUAAUUUAAUAUAUGUAUAAAAUGUAACGUAAGAAUAAUUCGGUCCCUCAAUACCUAAUAAAGUAUAAAUGUGAUGAAAUUUUAUUAUUGUAAUUAUUUAUUAAAUUAUGUGUAUAAAAGGAUAUAUACUGUUUACACUGUAUUUAUGUUAUAUUGUAAGAAUAAUGAAAUAACGAUUAAAUAGUUUUGAACAAAA